UCAAAAAUAUGACUUGGUCAAAUAAUGUAAUUGUGAAUCUUUUAGAUGAUCUUGGCUCAAGCUCUCAUGAUAGAUAUUGGCAGUCGAAAAAAAAGCCAUUAUUGCUAACCACAUAUGACGAAUGUAGACAAUGUAACAUUUAUUCUUCUGAUGUACUAGACAUGUACCAAAUUGAUGUAUGGGUGUCUUAUAUAAAUUUAAAUAGGGUAAUCAGGGCGAAUUUAGAUUGUUUAUCGGUAGCAAAAAAAGAAGUUGAACCUGAUUGUCUAAAAUACUUGGUAAUUAAUGAACUACAAGAAAAAUAUAAGAGCUGGGUACACAUUUAUACAGAUGGGUCCAAAAAUAAUAUGGGUUUGGGAGCAGCUUUUUGCCAUUUAGGUGAAAGGAAAUCAGUUAUGUUUAAAACAAAUCAACAAAUUUGUAUUAUGACAAUGGAGCUCGUUGCAAUUUCAGAAGCUUUGAAAUACAUUUCUGGAUUAAGCGGGCAAUAUUUUGUUAUCUUUUCAGAUAGCAGAAGUGCCUUGCAACACCUAGCUCGAUGCGCCUCUGGAUAUAGCAGAGGUCUACCGAUAGCUUUCGAAAUCUUGAAACAAAUAUAUGAUUUUAGGCACAUAAAUCUGCGAUUGCAAUGGGUUCCUUCUCAUAUAGGCCUAAGAGGAAACGAGGAGGCUGAUAAACUAGCGAAAUCGGCAAUAAAUGUUGGUAAAGAAUUGUCCAUUGUACCAUUUUUUACAGAAAUUUUAAAUAGUUUUAAAAAUAAAUGUUGUGAUAAAUUUAAGGAAUACUUUGAUAUAAGAAGUAGGGAAAAAGGAAUUUGGUAUAAAACUAUCCAAUGUCAGCCUCCUCGUUUCCCUUGGUUUGGUAAUACUUGUUUAAGUAGAAAAUAUAUAUCUAUUAUUGAUGUAUUUCUGCAUAGGCAGUAAUAUCUCUCCACUUGUAUCUGUUGCAUUCCACGAUGUUAUUUAGAAUGUAAUUUAGGUUACGAUGGGGCUGGCGUGUCCGUGUCGGACAAAAGUCCCAGAAAAAUAAAGAUUAAAAAAAAAAAAAAAAAAAAAAUUGUUAAUUUAUGUCAAUUUA